AUGAUUAUACAGCUUGGUUUGGUCAGGUCUUCUCUAUUAGACAUUUAUAUACAACCAUUAGAUUAUGUUGGCGAUAAGGCUAUCUCUCCGUCUGUUAUGGAAACAGUUCAACUUCAUUGCCUAGCACGCGGACGUAAUAUUACUUAUAGGUGGCUACAUGACAAUACCGCAAUACGCGAGACUGGAAGAGUCAGGAUCGCGAACGGCAGCUUACUAGUCACGAGCGUGUCAACAUCAGAUCAAGGUCGCUAUCAAUGUAUAGCUGAGGGGCGAGAAGGAAUAUCUCUUAGUCGUUUUGCUACAUUAGAGAUUCUCGCACUUCCAUGGAUGUCGUCAGAUUCUAAACCAGUAAUUGCGAGCGAGGGAAACUAUUCCUACCUACCAUGUGGUAUUGUCUCUACUACUAAACCAUGGCCUUCAAUUAUCUAUUGGACAAAGAAAUCAACAGGUCAGAAUCCAGCAGACGGUAAAAGAGUAUUUGUUUCCUCGGCGACAGGCAAUUUAUACUUUAGCUAUGUCACAAAAUUAGAUACCGAUGAGUAUCGAUGCCAUAUUAUCAGCGAAGUUUUUCAUCAGUAUCUGAACAUAUCUCUUAAACAAGAGAGUCAAAGUAUUUGGAAGAUAUUAAACGUUGUUGGUGAGUCAAAUAGAAGUUCGUUUGCAGCGCGGAUACUUUCUGAAGGAGCUCAUAGGGUUACUACAAUGAAGAGAAUCGAAGGGAUUAGUACAGUAGUUCUUGAUUGUAUUGCUGUUGGUAGACCUCUGCCGUUGAUAUACUGGGAUCGAUCAGGAGGACCUCUUCCCUUUGAUAGAUAUAACUAUGAGAAUAAUGGACGUCGUUUGAUAUUGAAAACAGUUACCAGUAAAGAUAGCGAUCGAUAUCGAUGUCACUCUAGAAAUGUUUACGGUGAAGAUACAGUUAUAUACAAACUACAGGUUGAAAGACGUCCACAGUGGAUUAGCCCUGUUCGAGACGUUUUCGUUGCAGUACAACAGUCGGAAUUUCGAUGGCCUUGUAUUGCAUCUGGAUCCAGCAUCACUUACUUAUGGUUUGCAAAUGGAAAUGAAAUCAAAAAUAAUUCCAAGUAUUCAGUAUUCCCAAAUGGCAAUCUAGUCAUUUCAUCUGUGACCAAGGACGAUUCGAAGAUUUUCACAUGCAUUGCCAAGAAUAAUUUCGACAAUAUCGCCUCAUACGGCAGAUUAAAUGUAAUUUCCUCUUCACCUAAGUUUAUUAGCUCUGUAAUGGCACAAACAUUUUUUUUGCACACAACAGAUAUCCUACAGUGUGCCGUCUUUGGCGGUCCGAGACCAGAUAUGGAGUAUUACCGAGAUACAAACUAUAUUAAUACUACGAACAGAAAAUUUGAGAAGUACCAAAAUGGUAACUUAAAGCUGCAUGAUGUCGUCUUGGAAGACCAAGGAGUUUAUCGCUGCAUGGCGAGAAAUUCUCAUGGGGAAUCUUCUAAGUUAAUUAAUGUUGUCGUUCGUAAUCAGACUAUUUUAUCUAUUAACUCCUCUAAGGAAGUAUUAAUUCGGAGAUAUUACUCUUUCGCCCUUACUUGUAGCGUAACAAAAGAUGCUCGUUUAUUAAUGCAGUUGGAAUGGCGAAAGGAUGACGUGAACUUGAGUAAUUGCAGUGGUAUUAUUAUUUAUCACAUUUCUCCUCUCGUUUCUUUGUUAACGGUAUCAAAUGCAACAUUCAACUAUACUGGAAUUUAUAGUUGCAUAGUUAAACUAUAUGAUGAUCGAUUUCUUAAUAAAUAUAUAGCUAAUAAGACUAAGUUGAUUGUGGUGGAUAUUCCUGAUCCUGUGCGUAAUAUUACUUAUCAUGAAUUAACAGCUAAAAGUGUUUUUAUAAGUUGGGUUCCUGGAUCAGAAAAUUUUAAGCCUUUAAUCCGGUUUAUAGUACUUUACCAAGUAAAUAACAACACAUCCUUUAAAGUAGCAAAUCCUGAUAUAUCUCCAAAUAUGAAUACGGCAAAGCUUAACUUAUCGCCUUGGAAUAGAUAUCGAAUUACAGUAGUGGCUGAAAACGGUGUCGGGAGGAGUAAGAGUAAUCAAAUUAUUGAACUGCAGACCAAAGGUUCUGUUCCUAUUUAUUUACCAAAUAUUGUAAGAGCCACUGGAUCGAAAAGUAUGCCAGAUGUAAUUAGUGUCCGCUGGACUCCAUUGCCUCGAGAAUACCAUUGUGGUCCAGGAAUUCAAUAUUUUCUUUUGCAUAAAGAGCGGGAUAACCGUGGUCAGAAAUAUACAAGAAUCAGAUUACUUAGUCACUAUCAAACUAUGAUUCAUGGUCUCCGAAGUAACAUUAUUUAUGAAGUAAGGAUGCAAACCAAAAAUUACUAUGGUGAAGGAAACAUGAGCACCCCAAUUUUUGUUAAAACCGGACUCGCACCGCCAGGUUCGGCGCCUGAUAAAAUAGAAGUUUUCCAAAUCAAUGAAACAAGUGUACAAAUAUUUUGGAGAAAAAUUGCAUCAUCGAUAGUCAAUGGUUAUAAGGUUGUCUAUUCUUUAAAUGAUAGCGAUGCGGUAAAUGUGAUGAGAAUUGGCGACGUUUCGUCUGCUGUGAUUACUGGAUUAUUAAGUAAUUAUGUCUAUACCUUCAACGUAAAUGCCUACAACAAUGGUGGCGAUGGGCCUCAGAGCGAAGUUGUGUACAUAACUAUGACAAAUCUAACCCCUGAUUUAGAUGUUGUACCAGUAUUCCUCUUACACCUUAAAUUAACCGUAAAAUAUUUAUCCAGAGAAUUGUUACCUAUAUUUUUAUCAGCCGAUGAAGUUUCUCAGACUUGCCAGAAUCAUCCUUGUUACCGUGGCUACUGCAGGGUACGAGAUGAUCGUUAUCGUUGUGCAUGUUCCCCUGGAUGGAUCGGCCAAUUUUGUGAUACAGAUGUCGGUCUUCAACCGAAACCAUUUUUAUCCCCAUUAACGAUAACAAGCGGACAAACGCCAUUAUUUACCUGCAUAAUUAAUAUUACUGCGCAGACUGGCGUAGUUUCCUUACCAAUACAGUAUACAUGGUAUCUCGAUGGCAGUUUGUUGACGAACAGCGAUCUUAUUUGUAAAAGUGAGAAAAAGCAAGGUGUACAAUGGUCUGCAACUAGAGCUACCCAGACUGAUUUGCAAAUGUGUCCUGAAAAUUUCGUGGGUAUAGCUAAAAGAAAAUGUAGAAGGCAUAGAAAUGCUGCUUUGUGGGAGAAUCCUGAUUUGACCGAAUGCAUGACAAAACAGCUGUACUCAUUAAAAGCAACGAUUUCAUCUGGCUUUUAUGACUGUGGUUAUCUCUCACGUGAAUUACCUCUUGUAAAUAGCAUCAAUGGGGACAUGAUAACUGGAGAAAUAAUCACAAUAGUUUCAUUCUUAAACGUAAUUGCACGUGAUUGUAACGAUUCUGUAGCAAAUAAAACUUUACAAGAUUUCGCAUUGCUUGUGAAUAGCAUUUUAAAUGUAACUCUAAAGCAGCAAUGGCAGAGUAUUUCCAUGACGUCGAAUGUUAGUGUCGUAGAUGUUGCUAAUGCAUUUAAGAAGAUUGCGUUACGAUGGCAAGAUCCGUUAACGAAUUCCUUAUCUAUUAAGCAUUCAAACAUUGAAAUUAAAUUAAGAGUUUUACCAGCUGGCUAUAAUAAAUCGCUUGUGCUUUCUACUUCACAAACUUCCCGCGGAGAUUAUACGACGGCUAUUUUUUCUGAAGAAAUGCUUAAGGAAAUAGAUAAUGUCCGUCUUUGCAUUGCAUUUAUGAAAUAUACGACCUUAGCAGAAUUUAUACCCAUAGCCAAAAGUAACUCCGUUUUAAGAUACGCUAAGGAAGUUCAAAGUAUGUCGUUAGAUGAUAUGGUUUCGAUCGGAAUAGGACCUAUUAAUCGUUUUCCGGUAAAAGUGGCCAUAAAAAUUAUAUUCCAGCAUCCCAAACAGCGGGUCUUAAUAACCGGUGUCAGAAGAGAUUCUAUGUGUGUCUACUGGAGUCAUCAGCCAAGGAGCAGUAUUUUGUUGAAUCCUGGUUGUCAAUUUGCAUUUUCCAAUGCAUCAUGUACCAUUUGUAAUUGCAUGAAUUAUAGUAACAUCGGUUUACUAUCUCUAUUUGUAAAUGAAGAUAACUCUUCUAGGAUUACCUUUCAAACUACAGGUUUCAUUUAUAUGUCACAUGGGAUAUCACUUGUUUGUAAUACGCUAACUUUUGGAUAUUAUAUCUAUUUAAUAAGAAUUCGUGGGUUCUGCUCCCGGUUUCUUCCUAUAAUUAACUUGACGGCAGUUUCUGGUUUUGCGUCUCUCUUAUUUAUGAUAGCGGAAAGCAUGGCUAGGAACGUAUCGAAGGUAAAAAUUUUGGCAUGGAUUCGUACACAAUACGUGUAUGUCUAA